ACAAUAUUUCUCUAAUAUUGUAGUAUUUCAUCAGUAUUGCAACAUAAAGUGGUGAAAGUGUCUGUAUGUUUUCAGAUAAGAUUUGUUCUCCAACAUUCAUGGGCGUAGUGCUCUCACAUUGUGUGGUAAACGUGCGAAACAUUUAUGUAAACUAAUGUGUUAAACAUUCAUAUGUGUGUAAAGAGAGUUUAUGUGGGUUUAACCUCCUCUCCGAUGCGUCUGUGCUCCUAAUGUUAUCUAAUCUGUAGGAAAGGGCCGGUUAGUCUUAGUCUUCAUAACUGCACAGAGAGCCGGAGUGAGAUCCAAGCUCUCCUCGACUUUGCCUUCCCCUCUCCUCACUACUCUCUUCCCCUGUCGCUGCUACCGCUGCGUGUUUCGUGCGGUGUGUCAGGCUUCAGUGCGGUGGGCUGCGGGCUGUGCCGGGUGCGCAUAGACCGUGCGCUCCUAGCGGCAGCGCUGCUUGAAAACGAAAAAGCAGAGCGAAAGAGGAGGAGGAUGUUGAACUGACUUGUACUAUGACAGUACAUUUACAACGCUCGAUCCCUCGAAAAGCACAUGGGUCUUCUGGGAGCUGGUUCCCCUUGUAAUAAAACAACUUUUUGGGAAUGCACGAGAGUUGAAGGCUGGUUUCCAGUCUUUCUAGCAGCCGAGCCAUGUGUUGAACUGAGGAAACACCGCUGAAGAUCUGAGAGGUGCCAGAGACGCGUCCUGAGGAACCGUGGACCUGCUAACAAGGGCACAUCCUGCGUUUGUUUCCACUGUGGACUUAAAUUUCUUCUCUCACGAGCUGUGGUGUGGCAGGUAAUCUCGGAGAAAUAGCAGAAAUUGCGGAUGAACUCGCGGGGCAGGCGGGGGUAACACUCAAAGAGCCAGAGUUUGGUUUCAGGGCUUGGUGGAUAUGAACACCCCCGAGCAGCACCUACUCUGAAAUGGAUCUUCUUAGUUUUUGGACCCUGAAACUGGCUUUUUGUCAGUAACUAGGACCUCUCCCUAACUCCCACAAACACGGAAUAGACUCGCCUGUCAUUUUGGACAUAUUUUUCAGCAGUGAAAUCGAGGAUUUGCACGCCCGCCGUGGAUGUUUAAUAUGCUAGUAUGGGUCCGCUAGCGUUCAUCCUUGUUGGUGGAUUACUGUAUUUUCAAGUUGAUGGAUCCCGUCUGCGCCAGGAGGACUCCCCACCCCGGAUUGUGGAACACCCCUCUGACCUGAUUGUCUCCAAAGGGGAGCCUGCCACUCUCAACUGUAAAGCAGAGGGGCGGCCAACCCCGACGGUGGAGUGGUACAAGGAUGGAGAGCGGGUGGAAACGGACAAAGACGACUCACGUUCUCACCGCAUGCUACUGCCCAGUGGCUCACUUUUCUUCCUUCGCAUCGUUCAUGGGCGACGGAGCAAACCAGAUGAGGGAGCCUAUGUCUGCGUGGCCCGGAACUACCUGGGAGAAGCUGUCAGCCGUAAUGCAUCUUUGGAAGUAGCAUUGCUGCGGGAUGACUUCAGACAAAACCCAACAGAUGUGGUGGUGGCAGCAGGAGAGCCGGCGAUCCUUGAAUGUGUUCCACCCAGAGGCCAUCCUGAACCCACCAUCUACUGGAAGAAAGACAAAGUGCGAAUUGACGACAAGGAUGACAGGAUCACAAUUCGAGGAGGGAAGCUCAUGAUCUCCAACACAAGAAAGAGUGAUGCUGGCAUGUACAUCUGUGUAGGUACCAACAUGGUUGGAGAGAGGGACAGCGAGACAGCACAAGUCACAGUGUUUGAGAGACCAACUUUCCUCCGGAGGCCCAUCAACCAGGUGGUCCUGGAAGAGGAGACAGUGGAGUUCCGCUGUCAGGUACAAGGAGACCCCCAGCCAAAUGUACGCUGGAGGAAAGACGACGUUGAUGUUCCCCGUGGGAGGUUUGAGAUCAAGUAUGACAAGGACGACUAUGUGCUGAGAGUGAAGAAGGCCUCUGUUAACGACGAGGGUACGUUCACCUGUGUGGCAGAAAACCGAGUGGGCAAGCUGGAGGCCUCCGCCACUCUCACAGUCAGAGCUCGCCCUGUUGCUGCGCCCCAGUUUGUCAUCCGCCCAAGGGACCAAAUUGUGGCUCAAGGCCGCACUGCUACCUUCCCAUGUGAAACCAAAGGGAACCCUCAGCCUGCUGUCUUCUGGCAGAAGGAGGGAAGUCAGAAUUUGCUCUUUCCCAACCAACCCCAGCAGCCAAACAGUCGCUUCUCUGUGUCACCCAGCGGAGACCUCACCAUCUCAUCUGUACAGAGGUCAGAUGCUGGUUACUAUAUCUGCCAGGCCCUGACCGUUGCAGGCAGCAUCCUCGCCAAGGCUCAACUGGAGGUCACAGAUGUGCUAACAGACAGGCCACCACCCAUAAUUCGCCAAGGCCCGUCCAAUCAGACACUCGGGGUGGACAGUUUGGCACUGUUGAAGUGCCAAGCAUCAGGAGAUCCCAUCCCCUCCAUCAGCUGGCUGAAGGAUGGGGUCAGUCUGUUGGGAAAGGACCCCCGCAUGUCCCUGCAGGAGCUGGGCAGCCUUCAGAUCAAAAACAUCAAGCUUUCGGACUCUGGGAUCUAUACGUGUGUUGCUACUAGCUCCAGUGGUGAAACAUCAUGGAGUGCUUUCUUGGAAGUCAAAGAAUCAGGUGGAGUGAUGGUCACGAAAACCCAAAAUGAGAAUGAGCUUCCAGGCCCACCGUCCAAACCUCAGGUCACGGAUGUUACCAAGAACAGUGUGUCCCUGUCCUGGCAGCCUGGGAUGGCUGGGGCCUCACCCGUCUCCUCUUUUGUCAUUGAGGCAUUCAGUCAAUCAGUGAGCAACAGCUGGCAAACAGUAGCAGAUCAUAUCAAAACCACCCAGUUUACUGUCAAAGGCCUCCGCCCCAACACCAUCUACCUAUUCAUGGUCCGAGCAGUCAACAGCCAGGGCCUGAGUGAUCCAAGCCCCAUGUCUGAUCCUGUCAGGACACAAGAUAUAAGUCCUCCGGCUCAAGGUGUGGACCACAGGCAUGUACAGAAGGAGCUUGGAGAGGUCAUAGUUCGUUUGCACAACCCAGUCGUCCUGAGUCCCACAACCAUUCAGGUCACAUGGACAGUGGAUCGUCAGUCCCAGUUCAUCCAGGGUUACCGGGUUCUGUACAGGCAGACAUCAGGACUGCCUUCACCGGGAUCCUGGCAGACCCAGGAUGUGAAGGUCCCCUCUGAGCGAAGUGUCAUCCUCUCUGCACUAAAAAAAGGCAUCGUGUAUGAGAUCAAGGUCCGUCCGUAUUUCAACGAGUUUCAAGGCAUGGACAGUGAAUCCAGAACGGCACGCACGACUGAGGAAGCUCCCAGUGCUCCUCCUCAGCAGGUAACAGUCCUGACUGUGGGAAAUCAGAACAGCACUUCCAUUAGCAUCUCCUGGGACCCCCCUCCACCAGACCACCAGAACGGCAUCAUCCAAGAGUACAAGAUCUGGUGUCUGGGGAAUGAGACACGUUUCCAUGUAAAUAAGACGGUGGAUGCGGCCAUACGGUCAGUGGUGGUGGGCGGGCUGCAGGCUGGGGUGGUGUACCGAGUGGAAGUAGCUGCCAGCACCAGUGCAGGGGUUGGAGUGAAGAGUGAACCUCAGUCUAUUAUCAUUGGUAAGGAGUUUCGAGACGUGAUUAUACAUGGAAACCGGAACAACAGUAUCACAGAACAGAUCACCGACGUGGUGAAACAACCUGCUUUUAUCGCCGGCAUUGGAGGAGCCUGCUGGGUCAUCCUCAUGGGCUUCAGCAUUUGGCUCUACUGGAGGAGGAAGAAGAGAAAGGGCCUGAGCAACUACGCAGUUCAGUCCUUCACCUUCACCCCUGCAGUGACAUUCCAGAGAGUUGAUGGGGGUCUGAUGAGCAAUGGAAGCCGGCCGGGCCUGCUGAAUGCCAGCGACCCAGGUUACCCCUGGUUAGCGGACUCUUGGCCAGCCACCAGCCUGCCUGUCAACAGCAGCUCCGGGGGCCCCAAUGACCUGAGUAACUUUGGCCGAGGAGAUCUCCCCACUGGACAAGCAGAUAAGACAGGCACUAUGCUCUCUGAUGGAGCCAUAUACAGCAGCAUAGACUUCACCACCAAAGCCAACUACAACAGCCCUGGCCAAACAUCCCAGGCCACACCCUAUGCCACCACCCAGAUUCUCCACUCCAGCAGCAUCCACGAACUGGCUGUGGACCUGCCUGAGGCCCAGUGGAAGGCCUCACUCCAGGCCAAGCAGGAGAUGGCCAGCCUGGGGUACUCCCUGCCCGACAAGAACUCCUGCAACAACACCCUCCUUUUCAUUCCUGACUACCGAUUGGCCGAAGGAUUGUCUAGUAGAAUACCACACAACCAAUCACAAGAUUUCAGCACCACCAGCUCUCACAACAGCUCAGAGCGAAGCGGCAGUCUCUCAGGUGGAAAGGGAGGCAAGAAGAAGAAGACCAAGGCUGGUUCCAAACCCAGUAAAGCCAAUGGGUCCAACUGGGCCAAUGUUCCUCUGCCUCCUCCCCCUGUACACCCCCUCCCUGGCACUGAGAUGGACCAUUAUCCCACUGAGCAUCAUGAAGGGGGAGGGUAUGAGAGUGAUGGCUGGGGCCCGCCCAUGCCCGUGCAGACCUACCUUCACCAGGGUAUGGAAGAUGAGCUGGAGGAAGAGGAGGAGCGGGUCCCCACCCCACCCAUCCGAGGGGUCGCCUCUUCCCCAGCUGCUGUGUCCUUUGGACAGCAAUCCACAGCCACGCUUACCCCUUCCCCCCGGGACGAGAUGCAGCCAGUGCUUCAGGCCCAUUUGGACGAACUGACCAGAGCAUACCAAAUGGACAUGGCAAAACAGACAUGGCACAUGCAGGUAGGCUCACUUCCUCCCCAGGCUCCAGCUCCUCCAGUGGGCUACGUGUCGAGCACAAUGGUUUCUGACCUGGAGACAGACCUGCCUGAUGAGGAUGAGGAAGAGGAGGAAGAGGAGGAGGAUGAAGGCUACGGAGCCAGGCAUCCUCGCGGCAUUGAGCACACACCAGGGUCUAGCAUGGACAACCUGGACAGCUCUUUAACAGGGUCCAUGGUGAAUGGGUGGGGCUCAGCCUCGGAGGAUGACCGUAAUUUCUCCAGCCAUAGGUCCAGUUUGGGCAGUUCGUCUGACGGCUCCAUCUUUACCCACUGCAGCUUUGCCCAAGCUCUCGUGGCCGCUGCUGAUAAGGCAGGCUACCGCCUAGAGGGCACUAGCCUCAGCAAGAGAGGUAAAGGCUUGUCCCACAGGCCUCGGCCCAGCAGUCCAUUCUCAACAGAUGGCAGCACAGUCGGCACACACAGCUUGGGCCACCAGAGGGCCACCAGGCCCACGCGCAAACCCCGAAGCCAGGGCACAGCACCCCACCGGAGAGAUGCUGCUGCAGACGACCUACCUCCUCCCCCUGAGCCUCCUCCCUGUCAGGGGCAGGGUCGUAUCCAGGGGGCUCGCAGCAUAAGCAGCAUGGUUCCCCCCAUAGAUAGGAAGGCUUCAUCUUUGGAGCGCUCACCAAUGUCAGGAGCCCUGACUGGGCCGGAUGAUUUGAAGGGCUCCAUCGACAGACAGGCACGCACUUCUUUGGAACAUCAUCGCCAGGCUCAAGACAGACUGGGCUCCAUGGACCGAGCUGAUGAUGGGCGCAGGGGACACAAAACAGAGGACGGGUGCCUGCCAUACAAUAAACCAUCCUUCCCCUCCCCUGGUGCCCACAGCUCAUCUGGCACCGCCUCCUCCAAGGGCUCGACUGGGCCACGCAAGACCGACGGUCCACGACAGCCACACCAGUGGACCGCCACAGAGCACGCUGAAUUCCUGGGCGCCAAUGGGCAGGGACAGUUUGCAGGAGAGUUAUAGUGAUCUGCCUGGGAUGUGAACUGGAGUAAACCUGGUCUGUCCUCAAAAGAGUGGUGCCUCAUCAGUUGGGGCAACGAACUUUGUCUUGGGAAGGAGUGCAGCAGGUGGCACUAAAGAGAAAAGCAGCGUCACAGAACUGUAAAUGUGAUGUAUAGACACAGACAUACUGUACAUCUCACUAUGUUUUUGUCCUCAAGAAAAUAUUUUCCACCUCCUACCUUACUGUAAUUUUGUUUUUGUUAAAAAAAGGCAAGUAAAAAAGAAAAAGAAAACAUCUAUAUGAAAACAAAUUUUCUGGUAACUGUCCUUGGGGGAGGGGAAGGGAAUUUUGUUUCUUGUAAAUAUAUUAUUUGACUUGUUGUUGCAUUGCUAUGCAAGCCUAAUUCAUUCUGAGCUUUUUUAUUUCCAUAUACAGGAACAGUUGGUUUUAUCUGGUUAUUUGUAUUAUAUGUGAAUUGAGUGGCUGUUGUGCCAUAAAAUAAUUGUUUUAUAAUCCAUUGUUUGUUAAUAGUUACCAUUAAUUAUUAUCAUUAUUAUUAAUUAUUGUUUUUGCACUGCAAUUUUUGGUGAUAAGCACAAAAACAUAGCUCCUGCUGACAUGAAGAACCGGAAGAAUAUGUGAAGAGGAGUUUCUGUACUGUAAAGUAAAGAGAAGAAAAUUAUAUACUAAUGUACAGAGAGAUAUUAAAGAGUAAGGCUUUGCUCAUACAGCAACAAAUAAGGCACCUGUUUCCACAGUUUAGACUAAUCGGGUGGCAGACACAUAAGGUUCCAGAGGGUCAGAAGCGCAGAUAUGAGGCUGGACAAAUUCUGCAUUUAGGAUACUGUAUUACUUUAGGUGACUGAGCUGAUUAUUUAAUUCCUAAUAAGCUACCCUAAAACAAUAGUUUGUUAUCAGAAACAUUUAGUGCUCUUUUUUUUU